AAGUAUAGUAUCAAUAAUGCAGGUCAACAGAAGAAAGAGUAGGUUAAUUAUAUACAGGUAAUUUAUUGGAAUCACAAAAGUUUGCAUUCCCAGUUUCAAGUCUAGUAUUCCUAGCAAGAAAAAGAAAUUCUCCACAAUUCAUAUUUUCCCUGCUGUCUAUUGUUGUGAUUUAAAAGAAAUCUGUUUAGGAGUUGAGUCAUGAAAGUCACAGUUUUGUUGUUUAAACAAAAGUCUAAUUGUUUACUACUUUAUAAUAUACAGGGUAAAGAAUUUUGGUGUUUCCAAGAAGAACCAGCGUGCUCCAUUUCAUGUUUCAAUGACCUCUGUCAUCUCCAUGUCUUCCAGACUAAUGAAUGUAUCCAGCAUAGAAACUAUCAACUUUGUUAGCUACUUUAUCCUCAUGGGUUUUCCCUCAAGUCCAGAAAUGCAGCUCCUCUACUUCAGUCUCUUCUCGGUAGCCUAUACUCUCACCCUGAUGGGAAAUGCAGCCAUUGUCUGUUCUGUGUGGUGGGACCCACACCUUCACACUCCCAUGUAUGUCCUCUUGGGAAAUUUCUCUCUCCUGGAAAUAUGUUAUGUUACUACAACUGUUCCUAAAAUGUUGGCCAACUUCCUCUCCACAAGCAAGUCCAUCUCAUUCAUGAGUUGUUUUGCACAGUUCUACUUCUUCUUCUCUUUUGGGUGCGAUGAGGGCUUCUUUCUUUGCAUCAUGGCCUUUGACAGGUAUCUUGCCAUCUGCCGCCCUCUACAUUAUCCACGCAUCAUGACUAAACAAGUAUGCACUGGCCUCAUCCUCUUUGCAUGGUCCUGUGGGUUUGUAAUCUUCCUAACUCCAGUUAUUCUCAUUUCACAGCUCUCCUACUGUGGCCCAAAUAUUAUCAACCAUUUUGUCUGUGAUCCUGUCCCACUGAUGAUGCUGUCCUGUUCUGAAGACAUUAUUACCCAGCUCAUUUACUCCACAUUCAAUUCUAUAUUCAUGAUUGGCACCUUUCUCUUUAUCCUUUGUUCCUAUGCUCUGGUGAUUCUGGCUGUAAUGCGGGUGCCCUCAGAGGCUGGCAAACGAAAGGCUUUCUCCACUUGUACUUCUCACUUGGCAGUUGUCACCUUGUUUUAUGGCUCUAUCAUGAUGAUGUAUGUUAGACCUGGAUCAGGACACCCAGUAAAAAUGCAACAAAUCAUUACCUUGUUUUAUUCUGUGAUAACACCUCUCUGCAAUCCUCUAAUAUAUAGUCUCAGGAACAAAGAGAUGAAAGAUUCUCUGAAGAAAAUCUUCAGGGCUGGAAAAUGUGUUAAUAAAAUAUAA